CCGAACACCAUGGCCGUCUGGCUUGCCCGGUGGCUGGGCCCUCUGCUCUUGGUUUCCCUCUGGGGACUCUCGGCUCCAGCCUCCCUUCUUAGGCGCCUGGGUGAGCACAUUCAGCAGUUUCAGGAGAGCUCUGCCCAGGGCCUGGGCCUGAGCCUGGGGCCAGGUGCUGCAGCCCUCCCAAAAGUGGGGUGGCUGGAGCAACUGCUGGACCCCUUCAACGUGUCCGACAGACGAUCCUUCCUACAGCGUUACUGGGUGAAUGACCAACAUUGGGUUGGCCAGGAUGGACCCAUAUUCCUGCAUCUUGGAGGUGAGGGCAGCCUUGGGCCUGGCUCAGUGAUGAGAGGCCAUCCCGCAGCCCUGGCCCCAGCCUGGGGUGCCCUGGUGAUAAGCCUGGAACACAGAUUUUAUGGCCUGAGUAUACCUGCUGGAGGCCUGGAAAUGGCCCAGCUCCGCUUCUUGUCCAGCCGCCAUGCGCUGGCUGAUGUGGUCUCUGCCCGCCUGGCACUUUCCCGCCUCUUUAACGUCUCCUCCUCCAGCCCCUGGAUCUGCUUCGGAGGUUCCUAUGCCGGCUCCUUGGCCGCCUGGGCCCGGCUGAAGUUCCCACAUCUCAUUUUCGCGUCCGUCGCCUCCUCCGCCCCGGUGCGGGCCGUGCUGGAUUUCUCCGAGUAUAAUGACGUGGUAUCCAGAAGCCUAAUGAGCACUGAGAUCGGCGGGUCCCUGGAGUGCCGGGCGGCGGUGUCCGUCGCCUUCGCUGAAGUGGAGCGGCGGCUGCGCUCGGGUGGGGCGGCUCAAGCAGCGUUGCGGACAGAGCUGAGCGUGUGCGGGCCCCUGGGCCGCGCUGAAAACCAGGCGGAGCUGCUGGGGGCGCUGCAGGCACUGGUGGGAGGUGUAGUGCAGUAUGAUGGGCAGGCGGGAGUACCGCUAAGCGUGCGACAGCUCUGCGGACUUCUCCUCGGGGGCGGGGGCAACCGCAGCCACUCCACGCCCUACUGCGGGCUUCGUCGGGCGGUGAAGAUUGUCUUGCACAGCCUGGGCCAGAAGUGUUUAAGCUUUUCCCGAGCAGAGACAGUGGCACAGCUGAGGAGCACAGAACCUCAGCUGUCCGGUGUGGGUGACCGGCAGUGGUUGUACCAGACAUGUACCGAGUUCGGCUUCUAUGUCACCUGUGAGAAUCCCAGAUGUCCUUUCUCCCAGCUGCCAGCACUGCCCUCCCAGCUAGACCUAUGUGAGCAGGUGUUUGGGCUCUCAGCCUUGUCAGUAGCCCAGGCUGUGGCUCAGACGAACUCCUACUACGGUGGCCAGACCCCUGGGGCUAACCAAGUGCUGUUUGUUAAUGGGGACACAGACCCCUGGCAUGUGCUAAGUGUAACACAGGCUUUAGGAUCCUCAGAAUCAGCUCUUCUUAUCCGCACUGGCUCCCACUGCUUGGACAUGGCACCUGAGAGGCCCUCAGACUCCCCCAGCCUCCGCCAAGGGCGCCAGAACAUCUUCCGGCAGCUGCAGACCUGGCUCAAGCUGGCAAAGGAGAGCCAGAUUAAGGGUGAGGUCUGA